UGGUGUUUUUUUUUUUUUUCUGUAUUCGUAAAUUUCCGUUUGAUAUUCCAUACAUUAUUGACUGAUAUCAACCAUGAUCCAUCAUUUGCUACCUGAAGAAAACGGAAUCCGUCCCUGCCACCACGUCCUUCCCAAGGAACUCUCCCGUACCCAGACAUUGGUGGCCGAAAUCGAGCACAUUCACCAGCACCUAGUGGCUGCUGCGUCUCUUGAACCUGGUCCUCAUGUGAAUCUUAUUUUCACCAAGCUUGUCCAGAUGUGUAUCACAGUGCAUGAUCACAGUACCGUCACUGCCGUACUUCGUCAUCCUACGAUCCAGGGGAUCAUGCCCUCAUUGCGACGACUGUGUUCCGAGGGCGAAUACCUGCUCGAACGACACUGGGCUGAAGAACUAGUAUACCUUGCGCGUCAUGACCGCCAGCUAUGCAAUAUAAAGCAAGGCACCGAAACUGACCACGGCAGCGUCGUACAAGACAUUUUGUCGAGUUUCGUGUAUUAUGACAAUUACCAGGGAUUGACACGGCUGGAGCUAAAUGCGCUGAAGGGCGUGGGUGCAAGGCUGAGUCAUAUUACUUUUGUGGGGAGCGGACCAUUGCCAAUGUCGAGUUUCCUGAUGGCGCUUCAGUCGGAUGACAUUAAACGGAUCGACAAUAUUGAUAAAAGUAAGGAAGCCAUCGUGAUAUCGUCGCAACUGUCCGAUGCACUGGGUCUGCAGGACAAGCUCAGGUACUUUGAGCAAGAGGCCGACAGCUAUCUGGGGUACAGCGAAGCGGAUGUGAUUGUAUUGGGAGCGCUGGUGGGUAAUGACGGUACCGAAAAGACGAGUUUCCUAUGUCAUGUUGUCUCUCAAAUGAAGUCAGGUGCUGUAGUGCUGGUUCGCAGUGCGCACUCGCUUCGAAAAAUAUUGUACCCAAGUAUCGAAGCUUCCCAGCUCAGUAUCUGUGGUCUCGAGCCUCUGAUCGAGUUGCAUCCGCAUAAUGAUAUCGUCAACUCCGUUUUGAUCGCCAGACGUAUCUAAAUAAGCAAUCUUACUGUUCUGUAAUAAACAUUGAAAAUCAUUUAUUGCCAACAA